UCUUUAUGCCCCUAAAACACAAAAGACAAAUAAACAAUCCAAUCAUACCAGACCCCACCCCAACCUUUGCAACCAUACACACCUGCAGUAACCACAACACCAACUCACCUAACAGACAAAACUAUAACUCACAUACAUGUAAUGUAUUUCUCAACAGACAACAACACGACAGCCACCACAAGGUCUAGCUUCACCCCCUCGUCAAGCCUGCUCUCUAUGGCUCCUUCACAAGAAGAUCUUCUUAAUUAUGGAGUCAUAGACAGCGAGUUGAUUGUCGAUGAUGACCUAAUAAAUGCAUAUACUUCACCAACAACAACGUCCUGCCCUAUAACAACAACGAUAGACAACCCAAUAUCCACACCUAGACUACCAGCCAACACUUCUAGAGCACCAAGACGCCGACUAAUACCCAGACCUACAAGAACAUGCACAAUUACCACCCCAGCUGAACCUACCCAAGUACCCACAACUACCACAUUCACAUCUAGCAGCAAAGACACAAACAAUUCACCAACAACAAACCCCACAACUACAAACCCACAAACACAAGACUCAGAAACCAAACCAAUUACCAUCACAGCCCCCUUUGCCACUACAGUAAUUACAACUCAACCACCACUCACUGCCCCAACUACAAAAAACACAACCAAGGACAACAUCAAUACCAUAACCAAAACAACAACACCAACAAUUACAAUGACAACACACUCCAAUAACAACAACACAUUACAACACAGAAACAACAAACAGGGACUAUUACCAACACCACAACACAGACAUCAACCCCACACUGACAAUCCACAAGCACCAUACUACCAACCAUAUACAACCUUUUACUCACAAUUAUUGACAAGAAGGAAUUACCACUCAACCCAACAGAAAUAUCUACAACAAAGACUAACCGAUAACAACCCACCACUAGAACUAAUACCCACCAUAACCCCACCUACCACACUCCCACCACAUUUACUAACAGAAUGGCAAUCAACCACACUACAAGCCCGAAUACAACUAACACAAAUACUAAUGACACACCACACCGAGCUCCUUAAACAAACCUCCACUGAUUUACUGACACAAUCCCGACUAAUCACGCGAACAACACCUAACGAAGACAUAGCACUACACCUAAUAGCCAAUGCCGAAGAGCAAACCACCAACACCCUACCAGACAAUCACACAUACUUCAACAAAGUGACUUACAAACGACACACUCAUAGACACAACCCAUACAAUACCACCACACCCUCCACCCACACGAUUACCCAACCACUGUCACUACUUACACUUACUACACACCCACCAAGCCACCCACCUGGAAGACAAUAUGCAACUCRUCACCCCAAUGGGCUUCCGACAAAGCCCAACAGGGACAAUAAAUAAAAGAAUACCUACUCACCUGGACAUGAAGUGCCAUUACACCACCCUGAAUAUAAACCAAGCUCCAGAACUCCAAGAACCGACCUACACAUUCAAACAUUUUUACAAAUUAAGCUUACUCUUUAUAUUCUAUAUGUACUCUAUAUACAACAUUUAUAUUAAAUACAUGUAAUCUCUAUAGAACAACAUAUCAACAUAUAAACAUCCACUAUAUAUGUAAUA